AGCAGAAGCAGCAGCUCAAAGAGAUUCUGUAAAUGCAGUGCCUCAGCGAUCUGGACGAACAACAGACAGAUACAUGGGUGCUAAGGCAUGAAGCCGCAGCGUUGCUUUCGGGAACGGUGGAUUUGAGAUGGACUGCUAGACAUGGUGCAGAAGAAUCCAACAUGAACUCAGCCGCUUGAGCGGAUGACAGGUCCUUGUCUCUUUUUUAUAUUUUAUUUUGAAGAGCUACUUCUUGGGCGAAGAUGGCCGACAACCUUUUGCCUUACGACGGCCUCUCGACCUUGAGCUACAGCCACCAUCGCGCGGCGCGUUUGCUUCGCGUACACGCUGUUUACAUAGCGACAAAAGGGGGACAAGCACCUGGUAUCAGUGCUUACGGGUGGAAGCCUGCCGGUCCGUCACUCCGAGCAGGUUUGACAGCCAGGAGAAGUUGCAUGAGAGGAAUAAUGAUGUAUCAUGAAUCGCACGGAGUUCAGGGGGGAAUGAUGUUCCUGCUUUAUCUAUUUGUCUUUUUUUACCUCAUUCGGCGGAAGUUUUCUGCUAAUUCAUUGGGCUGGACGCUCGCCCGCUUCAGCUUCAGGAAAGGAAGCGGCGUGCUGUCAUGAAUGAUGGAUGAAUCACCGGGCUCCGACAGCAUCAAGGUUCUCUCUACUAUGGGAGAAUCCUGAAGUAUCUGGCAGUGAUGAGCACAUACAUCUGAUUGAACCCGAUAGACUAGUAAUGCUAGUACUGGCAAACUUUUGAUCCACAGACUCGCAAACUCAAUUCCUGCAU